CCCCACUUCCCCCAACCCCCGCCCCCACUUUUCCAUCCACCUCCUCCUCCUCUUUCCUUCCUUCCUUUCCUUCUUCCUUCCUACUCAUCAUCCAAUUUGCACACUGCUAGAUCGCCCCCUUCAUUUGUGUCUCCUAUCUGCAUCUGUUCAUCACAGUCCUCCUCCUCUCUGCUGGACCCCCUUGGUUUCCUCUGCGUGGCUGACCUGAGUGGACUUUUUCCAGCGAGCGUGGGGAAGAGGAGAAAUUGGAAGACAAAGAGUUAGCCCAUGCGAGCAACGUGUGGACUGAGUGCAGCUGUUUCCUUCAGAGAAGAGCCCAACAUGUGAGAAGAUGUCUGUUGGAGGUUGUGCUUGUCCCGGCUGUUCGUCAAAGUCAUUCAAGCUGUACUCUCCCAAGGAGCCCCCCAACGGCGGCAGCUUUCCCCCCUUCCAUCCAGGCGCUAUGCUGGACAGAGAUGUGGGGCCUACACCCAUGUACCCGCCCUCAUACAUGGAGCCUGGAAUGGGGAGACCCACACCGUAUGGGAACCAGACAGAUUACAGAAUAUAUGAGCUGAAUAAAAGAUUACAGAACUGGACAGAGGACUGUGACAAUCUCUGGUGGGAUGCCUUCACCACAGAGUUUUUUGAAGAUGACGCCAUGCUCACAAUCACAUUCUGCCUGGAAGAUGGUCCAAAACGAUACACCAUUGGCAGGACAUUGAUUCCUCGAUACUUUAGAAGUAUUUUUGAGGGAGGGGCCACCGAGCUGUUUUAUGUUUUGAAGCAUCCAAAGGAGUCUUUCCACAGUAACUUUGUGUCCCUCGACUGUGACCAGUGCACUAUGGUGACCCAGAACGGCAAACCUAUGUUCACACAGGUGUGUGUUGAGGGCCGUUUGUACCUAGAGUUCAUGUUUGAUGACAUGAUGAGGAUCAAGACGUGGCACUUCAGCAUCAGACAACACAGAGAAGUCCUACCAAGGAGCAUUUUAGCUAUGCACGAUCCGCAGAUGCUUGAUCAGCUGGCUAAAAAUAUCACCAGAUGUGGGCUGUCCAACUCCACGCUCAACUACCUCCGUCUAUGUGUGAUAUUGGAGCCAAUGCAAGAGUUGAUGUCCAGACAUAAGACUUACAGUUUGAGCCCCAGAGACUGUCUGAAGACAUGUCUCUUCCAAAAGUGGCAAAGGAUGGUGGCUCCUCCAGCCGAGCCAGCCAGACAAGCUCCAAACAAGCGUCGGAAAAGGAAGGUGUCAGGUGGAAGCACCGUGAGCUCUGGAGGAGGCAGUAAUAACAACAACAACAGCAAAAAGAAGAGUCCAGCCAACAGCUUUUCACUCUCCAGCCAGGUACCUGAUGUGAUGAUGGUGGGAGAGCCCACACUGAUGGGAGGGGAGUUUGGUGACGAGGACGAGCGUCUGAUCACGCGGCUGGAGAACACGCAGUACGAUGGGGCGAAUGGCCUGGAGGAUGAGGACAGUUUCAACAGCUCACCUGCACUGGGGGCACACUCGCCCUGGAACAACAAGGCUCCCUCCAGUCAGGAGAGCAAGAAUGACAACUCCCAGUCGUCCCAGUAGAGGGCCGACGUCCCAGCAAGCUCCUUUCUUUUAAAAUCUAAAACUUACUGGGACCUACCAGAGACAUCACCCUAGCAGGAGGUGUCAGGGAGGACUGCCUCGAGCACUUGUGUUCAAUUAAGUUUUUAAGAUUUGUUUGGUUACUAUGAAAGCAGAGUGGUCAGUGAAAGGCACGAUCGUUGCUGGACUGAAAAAUUGCUGUCACAUGAAGGGAAGUUCUGAAGUAUUCCAUUCUCGCUGUCGCGCUUUGUUGCACAUAAUUAGUGGUGCUCAGCCUCUGCCCUUUGUUGCUUUGGCUUUUGUCAGUCCUCUCAAAAGUUGUGGUGGACUUGCACUCACAUGCGUGUCCUCCCCCUGUCACUGCCCACCGCAGUGUUUGAGCCAAAGCUGGUGUGUCCUGAGUGCUCGCCAUUGCGACCACGCAAGUGGGUUCUUGUUCCAACCUCGGGUCUCUAAGCCGUGCAUUUUACCAAACGAUGCACCUCGUUGUUUCUGUUGUGCUCAUGUCAAAGGGAAGGAAUGUUUAGCUUUUAUUUAACUUAAUUUUUUUGCAGGCUGCAGAAAACUGUGCACUUUUAGUAUCAAAAUUCAACGUUCGGUUUUUAAAAACUCAAUUAUUUGUUUUUGUAGGACCUGGUUGGAACAAAAACCUGUACAGUGCCGGAGCUUGAGGACCGGAGUUGAGAACCACUACGCUUAAACACAUCCUAUACACACACACUGAUACACACGCAUACAUAUACACACAUACAUACAGUACAGUGUACACACUAACAAAACACUUGUCACCUACAUCUGCGGCAUAUAACAUUGUGGUACUGGAGAGCGGUGGUACACAGCAUGUCUGGACCAGAGUACCAGACGCCACAGAAGUGUGUUUUUAUUUUCUAUGUUUUAGACUUGCUUUUUUCUUUUUUAUUUAGAAACUAUUUGUAAAAAUAGACAAGCAAACAAAACACCCCAGAUAUUCUUUGCACUGUUUUCCACUAUUAACGGCAAUCUAUUUUUCUUAUGGAAUCGACAGUGUCAUGUUUUUUUCCCCUUUCUAUUAUUAAUUGCUAAUGUAAGAAGUGUAAAACAACUGAGACCUGCAGUAUAUUAAUGUAUAAGUAUUGCUGUUAGAUCAUUCUUAUUGUGAUGAUAAUACCUAAUGUAAGCCUCUGCUUGAUGUGUCAUCCAUCUGUGUCAGACAUCACGCUGUUAUCAGGCUCACUGGCUUCAGUGCUAGAACAGGUUUGGAAGAACAAAGCUAAUGUUUUACUACUGUACUACAUCUUGCUUGAUGUGAGUCCAAAGCAGCACACUGGAAACCAGUUUCCCCACUAAAUCUCCAUCUGUUGUCCUUUUUAUGGUAGAACUAUUUGCUUUGUCUUGAAUCUCUUAACUUCGGGUCCUCUCCUCAGAGAAUAUAGUAACAGAAAACUCAAAUUUGCUACUCAAAAAUAUUUUAAAAACAAGUUUUGACAGGAUUGUAAAAUAAUAAAAAAAAAAGACUUUUGUAUUAACUUAAGCUUCCAAGAAACGUUUUUAAUUACAAUAAAGAAAGCUGCAGACCAAGGAGCUACAUGUAAAGAUUCUUAUACUGCGCUGUUUUGUUUUCUGAUGAAACAUUUUUUUUUUGGCUUUACUCCUCAUGUUUGUGUCUGUGCUUGUAUAUUUUUAGGUAGUAAUUUCUGUAAAAUUAUUCUAUGUAUUUCUUCCUUGAACUAUGAGAAACUCAAUCUAAUGUAAAGAGAUGAAAAGCCUCUUAAUUUUUUUUAUGUGAUUUUUAAUGGUACAAUCACUGAUAAAAGAUUUUUCCCCUCAUUUUAGCAAACUGUAUUUAUUUUUCUAUGUCCUGACAUUCUCUUAGGUCCAACCCACUUGUACAAAAUCCAUGAGUAUAUAUGGAGGAAUUUGUGGGGCUGCUGAGUCACUUAAUGCUAAUAGAGGUGAUUACAUUUUGUUCUAAAAACUUCAAGGUCAUGCUGUUGGUUUCUCAUUAUGGAGAUAUAUUUAAUAGCCUCCUGUGCAGCAGGUAUGUUCUCUGUUUAGAAGAAAAUAUUAACAGUUUCUCUGCCUCAGACUCCAUAGAUGUUGGAAAUGUGCCGUAGUGGUGCAAUCUGCAGUGAAAUGUUAAAUUUACUGAAAUUCUCUAUCAUGUAAUUCUGUUUUUCAAGGCUAUUUAAAGAUGUUUUCAUGUAUUCUAAAUUUAUAUGGUUAAAUAAAAUGUAUAGAUAUUUCAUUAAUAUAAAAAAAUAUGCUGAUACUGACCAGCAUUUUAUUUGCUGAAAAAUUAAAUGGAUUAUGACUAAAUCACUGUGUCCAUGUUUGAAGGGACACACAGUGAAAUUAAGUCAUGGUCCACAGCAUCACCCAGAAGCCAGCUGGUGGCUCAUAGAUAGUAAUUUGCAGACUCGCCCAGCAGGGGUCUGUCAGAGCAGGAGACUGAGCAGCCUGUCAGAAAUUCCUCCAUCAUUUUAUCUGGCAGAAAUGCCGUCAGUAGAUCCACACUGAGCUGCAAGCUGUCGUGUUUAAAUCCUUGUCCAUCGUCUCCAGCACCUCCUAGUCUACUUUUGUGGUGUACCAGUUAAGCAAGCAGACACCGAAAUGAAUCCAGGGGCAAACUUAUCUAAACCUUGUAUUUUCAAAGUUGACUUAAUUUAAGAAAUGUAAGGGGGUGUAAGACACAGUAAUGGAAAUACACCCGUAGCUGGCUCUUGUAGCACUUCAUCAAAGGGGUGGUUUUAUAUCUAUAUUUUUUUGCAAGGUUUCUGUCAUUGAUAAUUCAUGUAUGGUAUCAAUAAAGAUUAAUUUUCACUGAAAA